AUGUUCCGAGUCUUGUCAAAUGCCGCCGAGGAAACCCCUCGCGCAAAAAUCGGACGUUGGGCGGCGUCUUGUAUUGGAGCCACAGUCAAAUCUUGCCAGCAGCUCGGAACUGCGAAGUGGAAAAGAAAGCUUAUAUCCAUUGUUCGACCUUUAGAUUGGAUGAUUGGCUUGUAUCUAACCACGAAGCUCUAUCUCGACAUCCUUGUCUCUGAACUGUCAGAUAUUUGCUGGCUCGUUGUAUCGUCGAGCUGGGUUACACUUCGUCUCCUUCAAGCCAGAGGUUAUGUCGACAUUGAUGAGAUGCAGCAGCAAAACGAGUGGGGCUUUGGCCAAAUUCUGCCCGUGUUUCUGCUUCUGGGGCCAGUUGUUGCUGUCGUUGUCUCAAUCAACAUUAGAAGCCGGGACACGCAGAAGCCAGGCGUGGUGAGCGAUUUGAGACUUGCGGCACUUUUGGCUGAAUACCGAAAAGAAAUGAUCAUGGACCAUGAAGGCGACGUUGAUGUUCUGGGGCAUUGGUUACGCGGCAUGAUAGCCAGUUGCAAUGACAGUGCUGAUGCAUUCCAACAUAUGGCAGCAAUGAUUCGAGAUUCCGGGGCAAGACAGCACGAGCGAGGGUUGAUGUUCAAUCAGCCACGAAGUAUCGAGCCGGAUGAAUUCGACUCAAUCACUCUAACAGAUUGCCAGCUGCCAGCACAUACUCACAACGAGGUGGCAUUUCGAAAUGGGUCACGCCCACAGGCUUCAUACGUCGAGGAACUUCUCCCGCCCACGAACCAGGACACAUUCCUUGAAGGAGUGCAUACCAACGUACGAGAUUCAUUGGCCACCUAUUGUCAUAAAUCUCGAUGGAUAAGCCUCGUCAUCUGCCUCGUUUGUAGCCAGAUUGUCAUUUUGAUUACCCUGGUAUUCAUCACUCUUUCGGAUGCUUCGGGACAACCGAGCAGGGUGUUCACUCUGCUUAGCCUCAACGUUUUCAUUAUCCAGCCCAUCAACAGCUUCAGCGCGGUUGUGUUUGGCCUCUACAUGGAUGACCGUCGAGCCUCGAAACUUCAGCUCGCCGUCAUCUCAUUUGUGCUCAUGGGAGGCCUUUUGGCGUGGGAUUUGACUUAUGUUAUAUCGGCGGUUUACGUGUGGGAUUACACUAUGUUAGCUACUUUCUCUUCCAUUCCAAUGGGCAUGGUAGUAGUUCAGUUUGUGUACUUGGGCCGGAGAACGGUCUUGACUGAACCUUGA